CUUUAAUUCGUGUAAAAAAAUUGAAUACAAAUACCAACACGUGUGAUUGUUGUUAGAAUACUCCCGUGAAAAAGUAUAAUAAUUAAUAAAUUAAAGCAAAUAAGUUAUCUAUCUAAAACAAUCUACUAACAAUCAUCAAAAAAAAUGAAAAAAAGAUCAAAAUUAAACGAAGCCGAAAAUGAUUCAGAAUCAGAAUCUGAGAAUCCAAAAGUGAGCGGACCAGUGGACAAUGCAUGGUCAUUAAAAAUUCCUGAAUUUAAACCUGAAGACAAUCCAAACCGUCUGCUAGAGGAGAGUUCAUUCGCAACACUGUUUCCCAAGUAUCGUGAGCAUUAUCUAAAAGAAUGCUGGCCCUUGGUGCAAAAAGCUCUCGAAAAGUACGGAAUUAAGCCGGAGUUGGAUUUAUUAGAAGGCAGCAUGUGCGUGAAGACUACCAGGAAGACUUGGGACCCUUAUGUAAUAAUAAAAGCCAAGCAUUUUAUAAAAUUACUCUCCCGUUCGGUUCCAUUUGAGCAGGCGGUCCGCGUUUUGCAGGAUGACGUCGACGCGGACAUAAUUAAAAUCAGCAGCUUGGUUCACAACAAAGAAAAAUUUAUCAAAAGACGGCAGAGGUUGAUCGGACCGAACGGUGCGACGCUGAAGUCUAUUGAAUUGCUGACCAACUGCUACGUUUUAGUCCAAGGUCAGACUGUGUCCGCAGUCGGACCCUACAAGGGACUCCAGCAGGUCAGGAAAAUUGUCGAAGAUACCAUGAAGAAUAUCCAUCCGAUUUACAACAUCAAGGCGCUGAUGAUCAAACGGGAGUUGGCGAAAGAUCCCAAGCUGAAGAACGAAAACUGGGACCGAUUCUUGCCUAAGUUCAAGAACAAGAAUAUCGCCAAGAGGAAGAAGCCCAAGAACAAGAAUGUCAAGAAAGAAUACACUCCGUUCCCGCCUCCGCAGCCUGAGAGCAAACGCGACAAGGAACUGGCCAGCGGAGAGUUCUUCUUGUCCAAGGAGCAGAAACGCGCGCAAAAGAAGAAAGAGAUAGAUGAGAAGCACCAGGAAGCCGAGAAGAAGAGGCAGGAAAGGAGAGAGCAGGCAUUUGUACCACCCUCUGAGGAGGUUACUCAGAAAAAACGCAAGGCUGAUGAUGUUGAUGUUAAGAAGAUUAAGGAGAAAAUUGAUAAGAGUUUUAAAAAAAAGAAAAAGGUUCAUUAAAAUUGAUUAUAAUGUGUAUAUUUUAUUUUUUAAGAUUAAUUAAAAUAUUUCAUUUUCAUUAGCUUGUUUAUUUUUUUUUUACAAAAACAGUUUCCUAGUUAAUUAUACAUGUUUAUCGGUAAUUAUUCUACGUAAGACUAUCAAUUAAUCUCAGCAUCAUUUACACGUACGCAAAUUACUAUUUAUUCAAUACAAAUAAAAUUUUUUAGGUUAUUAUUUACAAGUAGGAUCAACCUCAUUUUGGGCCAUAAC